CGACGCCCGCAGCAAAUGAACACAGGCGGCCGCGGUCCUCCGUCGUACCUUGGCAUGCGCAUGCGCGCUCGUUCCGGGCGCUCUGAAGACCUGGCGGAGCCCGGCGCGGAGGGAGGCCUGAGGGUGGCGGGGGCGGAGCGCGCUGCGAGCUGGGGGCAUGUCCGCGGCGGGCGCCGUCUAGAGGGAGGCCGAGCAGCCGCCACCACGCUUUCAGUCGCGGCGAGACGCAAGCGAGCCAGGCCCAGGGCCGCGGCGGCGAUGCAGCGACGGCGGCGCCCUCCGCCGCCCGCCUCUCGCCUGCCCGAGGGCUGCGGAGGCGGCGGCGGCCGCAGUGGCGGCGGCGGGAGCGAGGAGGUGGAAGUGCAGUUCUCCGCCGGGCGUUUGGGCUCCGCCGCGGCGGUUGCGGCGGCGGCGGCCGCGCGCAGCACCGAGGAAGAGGAGGAGAGGCUCGAGCGCGAGCACUUCUGGAAGAUCAUUAAUGCCUUCCGCUACUACGGCACCAGUAUGCAUGAGCGAGUGAACCGGACAGAAAGACAAUUUCGAUCACUUCCAGCUAAUCAGCAGAAACUACUUCCUCAGUUUCUUCUUCACUUGGACAAGAUCCGGAAAUGCAUUGAUCAUAAUCAAGAAAUACUACUGACCAUUGUGAAUGAUUGCAUACAUAUGUUUGAAAAUAAAGAAUAUGGAGAAGAUGGGAAUGCAAAGAUUAUGCCAGCAUCUACAUUUGACAUGGAUAAGUUAAAAUCCACAUUGAAACAGUUUGUGAGAGACUGGAGUGAAACUGGGAAAGCAGAAAGGGAUGCCUGCUACCAGCCAAUCAUUAAAGAAAUUUUAAAAAAUUUUCCAAAAGAGAGAUGGGAUCCUUCUAAAGUAAAUAUUCUGGUACCUGGUGCUGGACUAGGAAGACUGGCCUGGGAAAUAGCUAUGCUAGGUUAUGCUUGUCAAGGAAAUGAAUGGAGUUUUUUUAUGCUCUUUUCUUCCAACUUUGUACUCAACAGAUGUUCUGAAAUUAAUAAAUAUAAGCUUUAUCCCUGGAUCCAUCAGUUUAGCAAUAACCGGAGGUCAGCUGAUCAGAUUCGACCCAUCUUUUUCCCUGAUGUUGACCCCCACAGUCUUCCUCCUGGUUCUAACUUUUCUAUGACAGCUGGAGAUUUUCAAGAAAUAUACUCAGAAUGCAAUACCUGGGACUGUAUUGCAACCUGUUUCUUCAUAGACACAGCUCACAAUGUAAUUGAUUAUAUUGACACAAUAUGGAAAAUACUCAAGCCAGGUGGAAUUUGGAUAAAUCUAGGUCCUCUGCUAUACCACUUUGAAAAUCUGGCAAAUGAACUUUCCAUAGAAUUGAGCUAUGAAGAUAUAAAAAAUGUCGUUCUGCAGUAUGGAUUCCAGGUAGAGGUGGAAAAAGAAUCUGUCUUGUCAACAUAUACUGUGAAUGAUCUCUCUAUGAUGAAGUACUACUAUGAAUGUGUCUUGUUUGUGGUCCGUAAACCACAACAAUAGUCUCAAGUGAUAUCACCAGGAAAAAAGUUUAAUAAGAGCAAUUGCUGAAAUAAACAACUCAAAAUCAAUUAUCACAUUGACAGGACACAACCUCAAAUCAGUGGUGCCUUCUUAUUCCUAACAAAAUUUAGAAAUAGCGUCUAUUUUCUUAAUCUGUCUAUUGCUUUUUCAGAAAUAUACUAUGCCAUGCAUAUUUGUACUACACAAGUAAAAAUGGAGAAAAGGUCUUCAAGUAUACUGUUUUCUUGAAACCCAGAAUUGUCUUUCAGUAGAAAAAACUUUAUCUCCAGUGUCUUCAUGAAGCUGUCCGUUGCAAGUCUGCCAUGCUAAUGACUAAUAGUAUUGAAGUCCACAAUAAUCUCCUUUUGUGUUGUUUUGUAUGCAUUGCACAUGUUAUUUUUAGAAGAGUCUAAGGGUCCUCGGUCACAUUCAACAUCUGGAAUUGGGACUUUUGUUCAUUUUGAACCCAAGCAAUCUGUACAUGAAAUGUGUGUCUGUUCUC